AUGGGGGCCGCGGCCGGGCGGGCCGGCUUCUACGUGGGGCUGGGCCUAGCCCUGGCCUCCAGCGUCUUCAUCGGCAGCAGCUUCAUCCUAAAGAAAAAGGGGCUGCUCCGGCUGUGCCGCCGCGGCCGCGCCAGGGCAGGGCAAGGAGGCCACGGGUACCUGAAAGAAUGGCUUUGGUGGGCAGGGCUGCUGUGCAUGGGAGUUGGAGAAGCAGCAAAUUUUGCUGCCUAUGCUUUUGCCCCUGCAAUGUUGGUAACUCCACUGGGUGCUCUAAGUGUCCUUGUCAGUGCAGUUCUGUCUUCCACCUUUCUGAAUGAGCAGUUGAAUGUUCAUGGGAAGAUUGGCUGCAUCCUGAGUAUGCUGGGCUCCACAGUGAUGGUGAUCCAUGCUCCACAGGAGGAAGAGGUUAACAGCCUGGAGUCAAUGGCAGAGAAGCUGAAAGAUCCAGGAUUCAUUGCAUUUGCUGUGUGUGUCCUGGUGAGCUCUCUCCUGCUCGUCUUCGUGGCUGGACCCCGUUACGGGCAGAGGAACGUCCUGGUUUAUGUUUUGGUCUGCUCUGCCAUCGGCUCACUUUCUGUGUCCUGUGUCAAAGGCUUAGGGAUUGCCCUGAAAGAACUGUUCUCUGGGAAGCCAGUCCUGAAAAAACCACUGGGCUGGGUGCUUCUGGUGUGCCUGGUGAUCUGCAUCAGUAUUCAGAUCAACUAUCUGAACAAAGCCUUGGACAUCUUCAACACCUCUUUGGUCACACCCAUAUACUAUGUGCUCUUCACCACAGCAGUCAUGACGUGCUCUGCCAUCCUCUUCAGGGAGUGGCAACACAUGGUGCUAGACAACAUCAUUGGCACCAUCAGUGGCUUCCUCACCAUCGUGGCUGGCAUCUUUCUCCUGCAUGCCUUCAGGGAUGUGCCCUUCACCCUUGACCUCCUGCCCCUCUUCCUGCAGCAAGGCAGGGCAGACUUGCAGUCUUCGUGGAGGAGUGCAGACAGACAUCAGUCACAUCAGCACCAGCCUCUUCUGCCCUCAGAGGACAAUGGCUGUCAGAGCACAGAGGAGGAAGAAAUGGAAGGUGAAAGUGUGUGA